GCAGCCGGGCCCGGAGCAGCCGUCACUCGCCCGGUCAUGUCGUACGGGCCGCUGGAUCCCUACCGGGCCGGGCCGACGGCCCCGCCGCGGGAUUUCGGUGCUAUCAUUCAGACAUGCAGCGGCAACGUGCAGCGCAUCGCGCAGUACACUGCUCAGAUAAAGAAUUUGAUGAGCCAGCUGGGAACCAAGCAGGACUCCAGCAAGCUGCAGGAAAACUUGCAACAGCUACAGCAUUCUGCAAACUGCUUGGCCAAAGAGACCAAUGAGUAUCUCAAAGAGCUGGGGUCUCUACCACUUCCUCUGUCUGCUUCUGAACAGCGUCAACAGAGGCUUCAGAAAGAACGUUUAAUGAAUGAUUUCUCUGCAGCCUUAAAUAACUUCCAGGCAGUACAGAGGCAAGUGUCAGAGAAGGAAAAAGAGACUGUAGCAAGGGCAAGAGCUGGCUCCCGUAUCUCUGCUGAUGAGCGGUUCAGAGAAGAACAGCUUGUUUCAUUUGAUAGUGGUGAAGACUGGAAUCAAAUGCAGUCUCAAGAAGAUGAUGUGGCAAUAACUGAACAGGAUCUUGAGCUUAUUAAAGAAAGAGAAACGGCAAUCAGGCAAUUAGAGGCCGACAUUUUGGAUGUCAAUCAGAUAUUUAAGGAUUUAGCCAUGAUGAUUCACGACCAAGGAGAUAUGAUUGAUAGCAUAGAGGCAAAUGUGGAAAGUGCAGAAGUUCAUGUGGAAAGAGCCAGUGAGCAGUUACAGAGAGCUGCCUAUUAUCAGAAGAAAUCCCGCAAGAAGAUCUGUAUCCUGAUUCUUGGCCUUGCUGUGGCUUCUAUAAUCAUAGGAUUAAUUAUCUGGUGGACAGCAAAGUGAGAUCUUCACGUGGAACCUUGUCUCAUUGCUGAGAAUAUUUUUCCCCCAGCACGAACAGGCAGACUUGUCUCGGAAAUGAAACCACCCUGAGAGAGCACAAGCUGGAACUACUUCUAGUAAUAGUUAUUAGCAACUAAUGUGCAGACAACUAGUAUUUGGAAUUAGUGAACCAUGGAGACAGUAUUUAUCAGUUUAUAUACAAAUUAUAUUGUUUUAUGUAACUAACAUCUUGUGGUUUUGCUUUCUGUAAUGCAUUAUUCCCUGUCCCAACUGUAUGCUGAAGUGUGAUCAAUAACUGGAGAUGUCUUGUUUAUUUUGACAAGUGGCAGAAAUUUGACUUUUUAUAUGUACAGGUAACUUUGGACUGGAAUAAGAAUGACAUUCAAAGAGGGCACAACACUGACUUUCAUUACCUUAAUCCAGCAGUUUCUCAAGUCUCCGAUAUCUGCCCCAUGGUUUUAUUGGUCUCUGGGUGGCUGUGGUUCUAAAUUCAAUUGAAGAGAAAAAUGCCACUGCAGAUCUGAGAAGCAAGAAGUAUGCAUGGAUGAUGAUCAGAACUGCGUGCUUAGGAACAGUCAGUUUAGCCUUGAGACUCGUUGUUUUUAUUAAUUUUUGUGCAUGGUUGGGGUUGUGGUUUUUUUAAUGCACCAGUUGAGUACUGUAAGUCUGAGGACGUCCUAUCUAGCAGUGCAAUGUCAUUGAAGAAAUUAGCUGAUGGCUUACUAUUGGACAAAUAAAUCUCUUUCAAUGCUGACUCUCAAAGCACUAAAAUACAAGUUGAGUUUCUUGCUCCUAAUUGAUUUUUCGUGGAGAAAAUGGUGCAAAGACGAGGAAGCAGGUACCUAAGCUUACAGGUAAACAAGACAGAUGUGUAUUAUGAGAAAUCCUGCUUUGAAGGACUCUUGAAGCUUCUUGUAAUGUAUCAGUAAAUAUUGUGUGGCUUGUGAAUGUCUGUUAUUUUUCCAUUCUUUAUGAAACAAAGUGCAGAAAUUGGCUGAGCAAAGUGCAAAGGUUUUGAGACUGAGGAUGUGUGUGCAAAUUAAGGAUUGCUGCUUCUAGCUGUCUUGCUAGCAGAGCUGGUCAGGACGUAGCAGUCACUCCCUGCUUUGUUGUAGCUCUAAACUGACAUCCACUGAGGGAUCAGUAACCUGUCUCAAGCCCAUCAUAGUGUGGUAAAUGCAUCGUACUGACCCAUUUUGUAUUUAAUCCUUCUUCCAUGUCUCCUGUGUAAUAAAGUAAAUGUGAAAGCUGGGAAGGGAGGGUGUUCUCCCAAUUGCACAUUGGUUUGCACUACUGCGCCAUCAUUCCAAUAACUGUCAAUAAACACUUUUAAAAGCC